GCAGGUGUUGGGGUCUCCCUCGCCUCACUGUCAGAGCUUAGAAAGAGAAGGAGAGGAGAACUCCCCAGGCCAUCUCUGUGACCCCAGCCGCUGCAUCUUACACAGCAUUAUUCUUCAACAAACAGAAAAUGGAUGAAAAUAAAGAUAUGGACUCAAAAGAAAGUGGAGAAUAUGAAGAUGACUUUGAAAAGGACCUGGAAUGGUUAAUCAAUGAAAAAGAAAAAAGUGGUGCCAGCAUAAUAGAGAUGGCUUGUGGGAAUGAAGAGAAUAUUAACCAAGAAUUGAAAGACCAUGAAACAGAACACAUGGAACAGAAUUCUGAUCCUGACAAAUCUUUGAAGAAUGAAAUUUCACCAAGAAGAAAUGACUUCAUUUCUGUACCAAGUCUUCAAACUUCGGAUCUCAUAUCUGAUUCAGAUAGUGAAAACUCUUUCCAGGAAUCCAAAGUGGAGAGCCAGAAAGACCUGGAGGAGGAAGAGGAUGAGGAAGUAAGGAGAUAUAUUAUGGAAAAGAUUAUAGAAGCCAACAAGAUUCUCCAGAAUCAGGAACCUGUGAAUGAUAAAAGGGAACGAAAACUAAAGUUCAAAGACAAAUUAGUUGACCUGGAAGUUCCUCCACUGGAAGACGCUGAUACUUACAAAAAUCAUCUUGAAAAUGAAAGUAGAAUGUCUGGAAAACUGUCACAGUUAUGUAUUUCCAAUGAAUUUGGACAAGAAAAUGUGCUCCUGUCACUCACUGAUGGAAAUUGUGAAGAGAACAAAGAUAGAAAAAUACUAGUUGAGAGAGAUGGAAAGUUUGAACUUCUGAAUUUACAAGACAUUGAGAGUCAGGGGUUUUUGCCCCCCAUUAAUACUAAUAGUACAGAAAAUGAACCUCUCCAGUUGUCAUCCAGAUCUUCAAACUCAAAUGUCAGUGAUGUCAAGAAAGAAGAGCCUAUAGCAAAGAUUUAUGCUGUCGCUCAUUCAUCAACAGAAGAGCCACUGGCUUAUAUCCCUCAGCCACCAGCCAACCCCAAGACACGUCCAAGCUCUGCUGCCAACUCAGAUCGAAGUAAGGGGAACGGGAAACCCAAUCACAGGACACAGUCUGCAAAUACAUCUCCAGUGACCUCAACAUAUUGUCUUUCCCCUCGACAGAAAGAACUGCAAAAACGGCUAGAAGAAAAGAGAGAGAAAUUAAAGAGGGAGGGAUUAAGAAUAGAGCCUAAUAACCUCAACAAAGUAUUUCCGAAAUGCCAUGUGGAAUCCCAGAUGAUGAUGAUGAUGAUGAUGAUGAUGAUGAUGAUGAUGAUGAUGAUUUUGUUCUGUCUAUCAAGAAAAGGCUGUGAAGAAGAACAACGAAAAAUAGAAGAAGAAAAAGAAAAGAAAAAAGAGAAUGACAUGGUAUUUAAAGCAUGGUUGCAGAAGAAAAGAGAGCAGGUCCUAGAAAUGAGGAGAAUUCAGCGAGCAAAGCAAAUCGAAGACAUGAAUAGCAGACAGGAAAUCAGAGAUCCACAGCAAGCUUUUCGAUUAUGGCUUAAAAAAAAGCAUGAAGAGCAGUUGAGAGAAAGAAAGACAGAAGAACUACGAAAGCAGGAGGAAUGCUUAUUCUUUCUUAAAGGGACGGAAGGCCGUGAAAGGGCCUUUAAACAAUGGCUGCGAAGGAAACGGAUAGAAAAGCUAGCCGAGCAACAGGCUGUCAGAGAAAGAACUAGACAGCUCCGACUAGAAGCGAAGCACUCGAGACAGCUGCAGAGCCACCUAUACAUGUCCGAAGCCAAAGCUUUUCGUUUUACUGAUCAUUAUAACUGAAAGUAUCUUAACUAUUUCAUUUGGAAGCUGCUGCCCUCAGAAUUCUGUAUAUCAUUUCUGAUGGCUUGUGUGCUUUGUUCAUACUCUAAAUUAUGGAGAUGCCAUUUAUCUUUUGGUGAUAUUGACAGCGACUUUAUCUGUUUUUAACACAACAAAAUAAAUUUCUUCUCUCGCCUUGUUGUAUCGUUA